CUAUACGGGGUCCAGAACACACACGUGUGAGGUGUACAUGGUCAACUGACCGAGGUUACCGGCGGCUUCCCUUCACCCAGCCAUGUCGCUUCGCAGGCUUGGUGGUGACCCGGCGCGCUCAGAGGCCAUUGGCGUGAAUGAUCGCGGCCCUAAUGUGACGGUACAGGAUCUAAUUUAGAUUGCUGGGGCGCAAAUGCAGAUUCACCGGUACACAGCAUACAUCCGUCGAUGAAGGACCUAGCAUGAUGCAAGAACAUCUCAGUCGUGCGUAUCCCCUCAGACGACCGCCUGAGGGGAUCCCCGAGCCACUCGGUGACCCGGUCUUCCAGCCUCGCGAAGUCGACGUCGGACAUAUUGAGAUAUGUACCCGGCAUCAUAACACGCAACGAUAUAUCCAUGAAGCGGAGUCCCGACGUGCUCAAAGUAUUCAGUAUUGUGACGUAGGGGUCGCAUCGGUCAGCGACCAGCGUUCUGCAGAUCUGGUUAGUAUGUGGUUCCGAGUCAAUUGGACAUGGAAGACAUCUGCGUAUUUACUGGGUUGCGCAACAACGAGGCCGCGGAGAAGUAUGCGCUGCGGAGCCGCUCGAGACUUGAUGAACAUUCCGCAACCAGUAUGCAAGUCAUGGGCUAAGGCUUACUACAUGGUGAACCCACACGCCGACUCCGCCGAGCAUGACCACUGGCGGGUCGGUCUCAGCUGGAACCACAUCGCCGCGACGCGACGGGGAACACACAACUAUAUCCACCAAUUUGGAGUUAUGCGCUAUUUCUCCAGGACAACGACAAAGCCAGACUCACCGUGUACGUAUGUUGCCAGUGUCGCUCACAACUCGCGGGCAAGAUCCAGGCUCACAUCAUUUCGUAUGUUGCACUAGCACCAGAGACUGUGGACACAGUACCCAGAUUCUGGAUAUCCUCGAGGUCGAUAGAUGAAGAAGAGCGAGGAUUUCCAAUCCGUCAAAAGCAGGCAAGUCGAUGGUUUCUGUCUGGUAUGCGAAUGCCAGUAGCCGACUUGUC